CGGUUGGCAAUAUUAAAACGUUGGUCGCCUGUCGUUCUUGUCUGUCGGAGCGCAAACGUUUCCGUAGCAAACUCGAGCUCCAUCGACAACACAUAAAGUACGCCACGAUUGUGCUCAUCACAUUGGCAGCACCCAAGUCGUACAUCACACUCUCACCGAACACAAUGUCGUCCAAUCCUCCUGGCUCGUGCUGCAGUGUCGGCACCCUCUUUGAGGGCACUCCCACCGGCCAGGACAUCAAGAUUGGCGACAGCAAGCAAAUCGACGCCUACGUCGCCAAGCCGCCCGAGGGCAAGGCGCGCAAGGGUGCAGGCAUCCUGUACAUCCCCGAUGUCAUCGGCAUCUGGCAGAACAGCAAGCUCAUGGCGGACAACUUUGCGGCCAGUGGCUACACGACGCUCAUCAUCGAUCUCUUCAACGGCGAUCCCGUGCCGCUCAACAUCACGCCGCCCUUUGACUUUAUGAAGUGGCUCAACGAGGGCUCCGACGGCAAGAACCCGCACACCACCGAGCAGGUCGACCCCAUCAUCGUGGCGGGCGUCAAGGCCCUGCGGGAGCUGGGCGUCGACAAAGUCGCUGCCGUGGGCUACUGCUUCGGCGCCAAGUACGUCGUCCGCCACUACAAGAGCGGCAUCGCCGCCGGCUUCCUUGCCCAUCCGUCUUUCGUCACCGAAGAGGAGCUCGCUGCCAUCGAGGGCCCGCUGUCCAUCGCCGCCGCCGAGACUGACCACAUCUUCCCGGCCGACAAGCGCCACAAGAGCGAGGAGAUUCUGGCCAAGACGGGCAAGCCCUGGCAGAUCAACCUGUAUAGCGAUGUCGAGCACGGCUUUGCCGUCCGCGGAAAGCUCGAGGUCCAGGCGCAAAAGUUUGCCAAGGAGCAGGCAUUCCGGCAGGCCGUGACGUGGUUCGACACCUUCCUCGCGUGACUGCCCGCUGAGGACCGGGAGCGUAUGUUGCCCAAGGUGUAGUGCGCAUUUUAAGAUACCUUGCAGAUUAAGUGGUAGUAGAAAUCGGAGUGAACAAUCUGGCUCGGCGUUGACGCGCCAGGGCCUGCCCUCAAUUUCUUUAGUGAACCACCCGAGAUGGAGGAAUUUCCAUUUCGCAGGGGCGGCACGUCAAAGUCCAAUGGACUCAAGUGCCUCAGGGCUGGCAGUUCCCGCUAGUAGCGGUAGGUGGCAGUAGUAAAUCAUAAGGUACUGGGUAGGUUGGAAG